AAUGGCACAGUUACUGCUUGUAUGUGCUCAUAAGUACUUACGCAUAUUUAAAAAUCAUUAAUUUGUUUAUUAAUUCUAUCAUAUGUAUAUAUUGAAAUUUUAAGAAAUUCAAACAUUUAAUUGAAUUUUUUGUUUAAUCAAUCCUAGUUAAUCUCAUAGCGAAGAAUUAAUUACAUUAUUAAAGAUGUGUAUAUUAUAAACUGUGAUCAGCUAACAUUGAUGUUUUAUUAGUAAGAUAAAAUUUGGCGGCACGAUUCAUUACUUUUUAUGAUUUAUUUUUGAAUUUAUCGCAAUAGAAAAUUUGAAAUAUUUAUGAUGUCUCAAGGAAAAGCUGGUAGGAGAAUUCGUGGAUAUCAGUGUAAUAAAAACAAGAUCAAUGUCGGAGAUAAAGGAAGAGAAAUUUUGGAAAGUAUAGAUGAGAAUAAUUUCGUCAUACAACAGUUUCGAUUAUAUUCCAAUGAACUAGAUACAAAACAUGAUAAAUUUGAAAAACUUGUUAAACUCGGUCGAGAUAUUACAAUAGAGAGUAAAAGAAUAAUAUUCCUUUUACAUACCCUUGACAAAGAAAGUAAACGAGAAUCUGUAUUGGGAGAAGCUAAGCUAAGACUUGAUAAUAUGGGGAAAACCCUCUUUAAAAAUAUUGCACACGAGUUAGAUGGUCAAGAUAUUUAUCAAUAUCUUAAAGCAUAUAGAGUUGGACUUGAAGAAUACAUAGAAGCAGUUACAUUCUUUCAAUAUUUACAAUCUGGUUCUAUGCAAGACUGGAUUGAGUUAGAAAAGUCAUUGAUUUAUCCAGAUUCAGAUAAAUCUACAUCCGCUUUGCAGAAUUGUGAAUCACCAACAAAAAUAACAAAAAUAGUAAUCACUCCGAACGAAUACAUUAUGGGUAUAGCAGAUUUAACUGGAGAACUUAUGCGAAAGUGCAUUAAUAAUUUAGCAACAGGAGAUAUAGCUAGUUGUUAUCAAACUUGUAAUUUUGUUAGAAAUAUGCACAAAGGAUUUCUAGGAUGUACAAGUACUUUCAAUAAAGAUAUGGGUAAAAAAUUAUAUACGUUAAAACAAAGUUUAACUAAAAUGGAAAACGUAUGCUAUACAAUAAAAGUAAGAGGAUCUGAAAUACCUAAACAUAUGUUGGCGGAUGUUGCCAUUAUAGCUGCAGAGGAUUACAUGGGUGACGAAGACGAAGGAUAUCAGGUCUAAUGAAAACUAACAAAAAAGUAAUAUAAUUAUAAAUAACUACACACACGUAUUUAAAUAAUAAUAACAAUGAUAACUGUGUAAUAUUUUAUAUCUAUAUUUACAUAAAAUAAACAUUAUUUCGAUGGUAA